AUGUGGAGCGGUGAAGACAUGGGUCCAGACGGAGCGCAGGUCAAAGGGACGUUCUUCAGUAAAGUGGACGUACCCGACCACGCGCAUUACAUCGUCGCCUUCUUCGUCUUCGCCAUCGGAGCUCUGGGCAUCACCGGGAACGCGCUGGUCAUGUACGCCUUCUACAGUAACAAGAAGCUGCGUAACCUUCCCAACUACUUCAUCAUGAACCUGGCUGUGAGUGACUUCCUCAUGGCCUUCACUCAGUCGCCCAUCUUCUUCAUCAACAGCCUCUACAAGGAGUGGGUCUUUGGAGAGACAGGCUGUAAGCUGUACGCCUUCUGCGGCGCGCUCUUUGGCAUCACGUCCAUGGUGAACCUUCUCGCCAUCUCCAUGGACCGGUACCUGGUGAUCACGCGGCCCCUGCGCUCGCCCGGCUGGUCCUCUAGGAGGCGCACUGCUGUGGCCAUCGCUCUGGUGUGGCUCUACUCUCUCGCCUGGAGUCUAGCGCCCCUGCUGGGAUGGAGCUCGUACAUCCCCGAGGGCCUGAUGACCUCCUGCACCUGGGACUACGUGACCUACAGCGUGUCCAACCGCAGCUACACCAUGAUGCUCUGCUGCUUCGUCUUCUUCAUCCCCCUCGCCAUCAUCUUCUACUGCUACCUCCACAUGUUCUGGGCCAUACGCAAGACGAGCAGGGAGGUGGAGCGGUUGGGCACCCAGGUGAGGAAGUCCACCCUGAUCAAGCAGAAGUCCAUUCGCAGCGAGUGGAAGCUGGCAAAGAUCGCGUUCGUGGUCAUCGUAGUUUACGUCCUGUCCUGGUCGCCGUACGCCUGCGUCACCAUGAUCUCCUGGGCCGGACACGCAAACAUUCUGACGCCGUACUCCAAAGCCGUGCCAGCUAUCAUCGCCAAGGCCUCGACCAUCUAUAACCCGUUUAUCUACGCCAUCAUUCACAACAAGUACAGGUUGACCCUGUCGGAGAAGGUCCCCUGCCUGCGCUGUCUGGCUCCCGGCUCUCGUAAAGAGUGCACCUCCUCCUCCAUCAGCGAGUCCUCCAUGCGAGACUCCAUCAUCAGCCACCAGUCCACCGCCUCACGCUCGCACUGCAGCUCUGUGUCCAACCACUGCAACGACGUGAUGUUGCGUGACGUGGAGAUAAACCCCGUGAGCAGACACAGCGUCCACGCCACGAGAAACGCGUCUCUGUAUGACCACAAAUCAAACCACAAGUCAAACCACAAAACAAACCACAAGUCCAGCCACAAAUCAAACCACAAAUCAAACCACAAGUCCAGCCACAGGUCGUCCAAGAAACCCCUGCUGCCAAAGAGCUGCAAGAACUACACCCACAACACGGAGAAGCUGCCCUCGUCGCUCUCUGGCUCCUCUAGUGGCUGCGACCUGAUCUCCAGCUCCCUCUCCAUCGCCACGCUCCCUCUGGUCCUCACGAGGAGGCGGAGUCACAGCCUCACUGACCUCUUAGGCUCCACUGGGGUCAAAGUUCACAGAGGCUACGGGCGGGGCCGGCCGUUCAGCAGCUACUCCAUGGACUGCAGAGACGGACACGCCCCGACGCACCAACACGCGCCAAUCAAACCGAUCCCGAGGAUAAUCGUGAUAAGCCCGACGUCGGAGAGCAGCCUCGUGCACCCGGAUCGCGAGGACGGACAGAACGGGACGGAGGAGGCGGAGGACGACGAUGUUUUUGUCCCGCUCAACUUCUCGUCCGAAGUGUUCGAGGCGGUGGAGCUGCUGUCGUGA